GUGCCGUAAUUUGUUGAUAACAUUCAUUCUCCGUGAUUGACAAUUCUUUUUUUGUUAUGGAACAUCGCUAGUUUCUUUGUUGUAACUAGCUAAAAAGCAAUUAUCUCCCGUAAACAUUUCCAAAUGGAUAACACUAMUCCUCUAACUCACGUUGUCACUGCAGACKAUAUGCUAGCCAAUGGACUGCUCCUUGCAAAUUAUUCAGAUCAGCAAAUCAAUCGAUGUGGCGAAAAGAAGAAUCGCCAAAGAUUCAACACCAAUUUHGGAGCAUCGCCUGCAGUGCUGUGCACGAUUUAUAAGGAUCUACAAGAGGCAAACAAUGAGUUUAUCCAAUUGGAAGGGUCGAUGGCAAACUUAAAGUGGUUUCUCCGCACAAUUUUAUACCUUCGAAGGUAUCCCAUUGAAGAUGACUUUGAAACAAUUUUCCACUUAAGUUCACGCUACGUGCGGKGGCCAAUAUGGAAGAUGAUUGAAAAAAUACAGGCAUUGAAAAUGAAGAAAAUAAUUUGGCCUGAUGACUUGAGCUUUGGCGACAUCUGGGUGAUGACUGUCGAUGGGACACAUGUCUGGAUUGAAGAGCCUGCUCAUGAAGUUUAUUCGCAAGAUUCCGAUUAUUUCAGUCACAAAUUCAACAAAGCUGGUAUCAAUUACGAAAUUGGAAUAUCUCUUGCAACAAGAAAGGUGAUAUGGAUGAAUGGUCCAUUCAAAGCAGGAAGAAAUGAUUUGCAAAUCUUUGUCGAAGAAGGAUUGGAGAACCGACUGCAAAUGCUUGGGCAGAAGGCAAUUGGAGAUGGAAUAUACCGUGGUCACGAAAAUACAAUAUCCUAUCCAAAUUAUCAUGAUAGUUACGCCGUCAAAAAAUUCAAAUCCAGAGCCCUAAAAAGCCACGAAGAUUAUAAUGGAAUGUGCAAGACUUUCAAAAUUCUUUCUGGAAGGUUUCGACAUGGAGUACAAAAGAUUGCCAGUGCMUUUGAGUCUGUUGCCGUAAUUUGUGAAUACAAAAUUGAKGCAGACGAACCUUUGUUCGAUGUGCUUGUGGAGGAUGUAGUACUAGGCGGGCCAGACGACGAAGUUGAAGAGUUGAUGGCAGCGCUAGAUCUAUGAAGACACUCACGUUUCGUGAAAACAAAAAACAAUUAUAAUAUUAUAAAUUCUUCAUCUAAUU